AUGGCUCCGCUAGGACAGCUUGACGACUCGCAGAAACCUUACAGAGUACACAUCACCGGCUUUGGCCCCUUCCGCGACGUGACGGUCAACCCAUCAUGGGAAGCGGUCCGGCCUUUGCACGAAACAACCCUCUCCACUGAACCUCUGCCAGCCGCUCACCCACCGAGCGACACUCCCACCUCUCGCGUACCCUCCCGUCCGAUCCAUUUCUCCGCUUCCUUCCUUCCCGUCGAAUACGAAGCCGUAACUCGCCUCGCUCCCUCUCUCCAAGAAGCAGGAACAAACGGUUCUGCACCCAACCUCGUCGUACACGUCGGCGUCAGCGGCCAGGACCGACAGAUCCGCCUUGAACAGCGCGCGAGAAAGUACGGCUACGACAGUACGGAUGCGGCGGACAAAUUGGCUGACGUGGCCGCGGACGGACGAAGAGGGUUCGCUGAUGAGGCGUGGAGGGAUUCGCCAGAGGAACUGAGGACUAGGGUCGACGGAAAGAAGGUGGUUGGGCGGCUGAGGGCGGCGGGCUUCGAGCACGUUUCGCUGUCGGAGGAUGCAGGUCUAUACCUAUGCGAAUACUCCUUCUACACCUCCCUCUCAACCGCCCUCCACCUCCGCCCCAACUCCCCAACGCCCGUGCAAUUCAUCCACAUCCCUCCGGAGGGCAAGCCUUAUUCGAUCGAGGAGGUGACGGCUGCGAUUCGGCUUGUUGUUUGGACGAUCUUGGAUGGGGCGGAUUGA